AGAAAAUCCUACGUAUUGUGAGAUAAGUGCAAAAUGUACACCAUAUCAAAAUAUGUCGCCCGUUUGUUAUUCAUUCUGGUUUUACAUUUAAUAUGUGCUUCGUGUUUUACUGCAGAUGAUUGCUUCAAAGAUGUACACGAUGGACCUAUCGCAUGUAUGGCCUCUUUUCCAGUUUUUAAGUGGUAUGACGAGCUUCAAGAAUGCGAUACAGCUAUUUACGGAGGUUGUAAUCCAACAAAUAAUAAGUUUGAGACAAUAGAAGAAUGCCAGCAAGUUGCAGAACCAGUAUGUACAAUAUAUUCUUAAAGCUGUGUGAAUUACUGGUAUGGGUUAAUAAUAAAGUUAAGUAUAAAAGAAGAAUAUUAUUAGAUAAUUUUUUCAUUUGUAGUUAAAAUUGUUGAAUGUAUAUUUAGCUGUCAGCAAAAUCUUGUUUAACAGAAAAAAUGUACCAAAAACUAUAUUUUUUUC